GAUGCAACAACGACUAAGAGUAUCCAAACCACAAAUAGAUCUCCAUGGCAACCACGCUAAAGGACGAACACAAUCGAUAGAAAGUAAACAAAGCAGACGUUUUUGGUAUGUGAACACAGUCCGCAACAUAAGGACCAAUUGGAAGGACCAAAAACAAAAGCGCAACGAAAGGAAAUCGAUACUUAGACCAAACGGCAGCGCGCACAGAAGCUGAUGAAAACCGUCGAAGGUGUGCUGUUAUGUUGAGCAGUUGGGUUUUGUGCAAACCAAAAGUGCCAAUUUGAACGUCGAAACCAAGUGAGUAAGCAUUGAUGAGCCACUGCGCCACUCACCAAUGCAGGGGCGUGCUACAACACGUUCCGCGAAGGCAGAGGAGCAUUGGCGCUUGCUCUGCGAAUUAGAUAAGUUGAAUUUAAGUGAUAGUUGCUGCGAUAUUUGCCACUGUGAUUGCUAUAGUUCACAUCGCAGUAGUCUAGAUUCUGAAGCACGCUACUGCGUUGAACCUUGCCAGGAAAAGGUUGAUACGCGUAAAUCAGAUUGUGAAGUUACAGACGAAGCUCACGAAACUCAGACGUCAAUUAAAUCGACCGCGGAACAUACAUCAGCAGUAGAGAGGACGCGUUCCAUUUCCAUAGGUGGUUGUAAAAAGCGUGUUAAAACAAAAGGAACCAGAAGAAAAAACGGCGCCAAGACCAUAAUUACGUCUAAUAGUCAUACAACGAAGCCUUCCACUAUACAAGCCACAACAACUACCAUAAACCUUAGAUCCAAAAGCGCCAAAAAUUCGCCUACACACUCCAGGCACACUAGCCCUGUCAACCGCAGCGGCGCAGUGCCAAAACUUAGAAAAUCUGCAUCGACAAAACGUUCUAAAAGCGUCUGCAGCCUGCGUAGUCGCACUCCAUCGCCUUUAUUAAAGUCCACCAUCGGUGCUGGCGUCAAACGCGGCGCAUACUACACUCGUGAUUGUAAAAUUCUUCAAGAGUUGCUGAGCGUACUCAAUGACGAUGAAGACAGCGAAACAGCAGCCUCAUUACAUGUGAGCGGCGUAAGCGCGCUGAAACAAGCCAAAGCGUCACACUCAAAAUCUUCGCCAACACUUGCGAAUGUGGAUACUACCGACGACCACCAGUCGAAUACACUACCGCGUUAUACUGCUAAAGCGAAAAGCAGCAAAAAAUCAAAGGAUGAGCUUUUUAUGACGUCUUUAUCUUCGCAGAAGCUUUGCUCGUCCAUGGCCAGCCUUUGCUUGGCGCCUACCGUCCGCGCAGCUUACCAGCAAGUGCCUGCACAUGAUCAACGCAUACUUAAUCGCAUGGCUCACAAACGCAGUGAGCGUGCACUUGCCAAGGAGAACGCAUGGUUAGCGCGUAAGUACUGGGAGAAUGAGCGUUACGAACGCGAACUCUUCAAGUGUGCGCAAAUGGAGGAGUACAAGCGAGCAAUACGUGAUAAGCAAUUCCAAGAUUAUCUCUUGACAAAGGCACGAUUAAACGAGAUAGCACAGCGUGACUUGAGCGAGCUGCACCGCUUGCGUGAGGCCUUACAGCAGAAAGACCGUAGCACCAAGCGGCGACUGGAUGCGCUGCGCGUAGAACGCGGUAUAGCCGCAUGCCAACGUCGCUGUGAUGAGUUGCGUCGCGCCGAGGCGGUAACUGUGCAACAGGAGGAGCAACAAAUCGAUGAAAAGAUGCGUAAACAAGAGAUUUGUACGCGGCUAAGUGAGCGCUUAGAACGAGCUGAGCAAAUACGUGCCAACAUGCUAGACAGUUAUCUUCGUCGCCUCCGCUACGAUAACUACAUGGAAGAGUUGGUGCACGAAGAACAUUUGCGCGAGGCACAGCAAUUGGAGCGACAACGAUUAGAGCAAUUGGAGGAGCAUAUAAAACUGAAAUGUGAGCAAUCACAGCGCUUUAUUGAAACGCGCCAGCGUCGACAAGAGGCUAUUGCCAAGACGGCUAAAAUUUCGGCAAGCCUGCGCGAGUUGGUGCGUAACUCUGUGACGCCUGAAGGUGGCGCUGCUCCUGUUGGCACGGAUGUGGGCGAUGCUGUGAGCUUAGCAAAUACCGCGACUUUGAGUAAGGUGCUUUUAGAUAGACCAUAUUCUAAGCUUUCUUUGCAUCCAUGAUUGUUUCCAUUAAAUUUUGUUUAUAUUUGAAUGUGAUAGUUUCAUUUAAG